AUGCCUGAAAAAGGUGAGUGUCCCAGCCCGGGGCGCGGCAGCGCCGCCAAGCGGAAGAAGAAGCAGAGGCGCAACCGCACCACGUUCAAUAGCAGCCAGCUGCAGGCGCUGGAGCGAGUGUUCGAGCGCACCCACUAUCCCGAUGCCUUUGUGCGCGAGGAGCUCGCCCGGCGCGUCAACCUCAGCGAGGCGCGCGUGCAGGUUUGGUUCCAGAACCGUCGUGCCAAAUUUCGCCGCAACGAGCGGGCCAUGCUGGCCAACCGUUCAGCCUCACUCCUCAAGUCCUACAGCCAGGAGGCAGCCAUUGAGCAGCCUGUGGCCCCCCGACCCACCACCCUGAGUCCAGAUUACCUGUCCUGGACAGCCUCGUCUCCCUACAGCACGGUGCCACCCUACAGCCCUGGAGGCUCCGGUCCUCCUACCCCAGGGGUCAACAUGGCCAACAGCAUCGCCAGUCUCCGUCUCAAGGCCAAAGAGUUCAGCCUGCACCACAGCCAGGUGCCCACGGUGAACUGA